AUGGAGUGCUCUCAACACCUAGCCGAUCAUGGUGUUCUUGUUACCUUCGUCUACACUGAGUACACACACAGACAAGUGAAGGCAGCACUGCCUGAAAACUUUAGCAGCGACUACGCCGGAAGAAUCCGGCUGGUAACCAUACCUAACGGCUUAUCUACAGAUGAUGACCACAAAGAUGUCUGCAAGGUCUUGUCCAGCUCAAUGAACGCCAUUCCGAGUUUCACGGAGGAGCUCGUACUGAAGAUCAAUGAGAAGGAUGAAGAGAAGAUUACGUUUGUAAUUGCCGAUGGGGCAAUGGGUUUUAUGUUUGAUGUUGCCGAGAAGCUCAACCUUCCAAGAGCUGCCGUAUGGACUCCUCAACCUGGACACUGGCUGUUGGAAAACGCAUAA